AUGGCACCCGAGGCCACCACUCCCAGCGCCGAGGCCACGACCCCGACCGUCAAAGCUUCGAAUCUGCCACCGGCUGCAGCCAGCGCCGCCGCCGCUGCCGUCGCCUCGGCCACCGCUCAGGCGAGUCACGCCGACGACACCGAGCAGGACAAGACUGAGGCCUCCGGCGGCAACAAGGCGUCCGGCGCUCUUAUCACCGUGUUUGAUGAUCGAGUCAACUUCAACGUCAAGCACCCGCUCUGCUCGCCGUGGACACUCUGGUUCGAUUCGGCUUCCAAGCAGGACAAGGGCCAGUCAUAGCACAGCAGCCAGGAUCCAUGUCAGAGCAUCUCACUGAGACCAUCAUCCCUUUCAAUCCUAUAGCCAAGAGUUGGGACGAAGCGCUCGUCAAGGUCAUUGGCUUUGAAUCGGUAGAAGAAUUCUGGGGGUCGGUCUCCCGCUUGCUUCGAGACCCCAUCCGGACCGCCGACCCGAACUGAACCUCAAUCGGCUCGUGGCCACAGACUAUACAACAACAUCGUGCCACCAUCGCUCAUCCACCUCAACUCCAACUACUACCUCUUCAAAGAAGGCAUCAAGCCCGCUUGGGAAGACCCCGCCAAUUCCAAGGGGGGCAAGUGGGCCGUCCAGUUGCCGAGAGGCAAAUACUCGGCCGAGAUCGACAACUACUGGCUUUACACCGUGCGUGCUGCGUGCACAUUGAGAGUCUUGGCUCAAAAUCCGACAAUGACCAUUGCACAACAUCACCCAUCCACAGAUGCUGGCCGCGAUCGGCGAAACGUUCGAGACCCCCUUCGACAAGGCGGCCGCAACAAAUUCGACGACCGCCGUUCCGUCCGCCUUCACCAACGAAGUCACGGGUGUCAUCGUCUCGUCGCGCAAGGCGUUCUACCGUAUCAACAUCUGGACGCGAACGGCGACGCCGGAUGUACGAGCGAGGAUCGAGAACAUUGGCCGACAUCUCAAGUACGACGUGCUCGGGAUGGAGGAAGGGAUCAAGUUUUCCGACAGGGACAAGGUCUCGAGUGAUGUAGAGUUUGUGAGCCACAAGGACAGUCAGGCCAAGGUACGCUGCGUUAGGGUCUCCUUUUUGUGUCCGACGUUUACUUCCGAGCACUUUUUAACGCAAAAACCUUGCUCAAUCCCCAUAGUACGGCACAAAGGUCACCAAGUGGACCGUAUAA